GCCGAGUUUGAUGGCAGAUGCAAGUCUGCUCUGUUGCCAGGACUCCCGUCCAGCCGUGGAGUUGGUGGUCCGUUUUGGAUUGGGCCAAGGUCCCAGUCGAGCUGGCACAAAAAGAGAGUCCCUCCUCGAAUCAUGCAGCCUGAGCCGUCACAAAUUCCUUUCAGAUUGCCUCGUGCCAUUGUCUACUGGCGAGGCGGCAAGCGCUGUUUGUGCAGUUGGGCUCUAGUCGCGGUGGCCACACUCGGAAAGAGCGCUUGCUGCCUCUUUUUGGUGGAUUUUGUGCGUCUACGGGCACUGGCCACCCUCUCUCCCUUUAGCAUUGUGUUGCCAGCUUUCUCGUCUCUGACCGGCUAUUCCCGUGUUUGGCCGUUGGGUUACAUUCUCUUCUGUACCCAUUUUUCUUUGGUUGGGGUCGUCUGGGUUGUGGCUAGCGUUACUCGGGCAAGAGAGAAUGGCUUUGUGUCGGCUGGUCACGCUCCAACCCUCGAACGUCGGAUUAGCGACCAGCCGACCUGUCGCCGCCGCGUGUUUGCUGGUCGAAAAGGAAUGCCUCCCUUCAGGCGAUGGCACUAUUUGCCCACUGACCAUGUGGAACCUUCCAAGUGCUCUACCGGCCGACAGAGAGGAGGACUCAUCUCUUCUACUCGAACCUAUGAACAGCAAGAUGGCCGAUUUGGUCACUGUCUUCCUGCAUUGUGCGCCAGUGGUUCGGUCUCGUUUGCGCAAAUAGUUCCUGCUGUCAACAGAGCCAUGUUGGUCACGAUCAUGGCUUGGUGCUAG